UGCUGUUUUUCACUCUGAAGAAUUUCAUAUGGCAUUCAGGAGGAGAUCUCCAAAUAACUUUAACUGCAAAUUUUAGUAUUACGUAAGAAUGUACUUGAAUUCUUUGGAAAAUUAUAUGGUAGCCUGGUAUUAGAGCUUUUUCUAUUUACUCCUAUGUACAUAAAAAACUUUCUUAGUGCAUCCUAGAUUCGCUUCCCUUCAAAUCUUUGAUCUUGAAAAACCAGAUCAAAAUUCAAAGCAGUGUUAAGAAACAGCCACACCCAGAUCACAAAGGAAUUUGUAAUUCUAGUGGCCGACAAGUGAAAAGUUCUUGACGUGCUGCCAUGGAAUUUUGCUACAGUAUACUUUUUAAUCAAUUUAUUUGUUAUGGAAAAUUGGCUAGAAAAUUGGAAAUUGUACUCCUCGGGAAUCUGUUUUAAAAUAUGCAGACAAAAGAGGACUGGAAUUUAUAAAUAACUGUGCUCAUGAGAAUCACUCGGGCUAAUUGCUAUGUGAGUUGUGGCAUUGCCUUGAGAAGCCACAAUGUUUGUUGUCAACUGUGCACAAUGUAAUCGAGAUGCCCAUCUCUCUCUUUUAUCUUUUCCAACAAGAAUUCCACCUGAUAUGAAAACAUGAUGUACAGAUAUCUGCUCCUACUUUGAUAUUUAUUGAAUUUUGUAUCUGAUGAUUCAUCGUGUCUUAGUUCUGCAAGUGUCGCCCCUUAUUUUCACUGCCAAACACUUGUAAGUUCCACCUCAGGAAUAUGUGACACCCCCUGCAUUUGUAUCUGCCAUGGAGAAUGAAGAAACAGGGGACCUUUUGCUACCUUGCACAUUCUGCACCAAGAAUUGCUUUGCAAUUCAUGGCAAACGCAAAGAAAGGCUUGAUGGGGUUUCCUAUUUCUUCAAAGUCAUGCUCGGAGAUUUUGCACAAAAACUGCGCAUUCCUCCUGCAAUUUACCCAGAAUUCAGAAAUGAGAUUGGUAUUGGCACAAAUGUGGUGCUGCAAGGUCCAAGCAGCCAGAGGUGGGAUGUAAAACUCUGUGGUACAGAUACUCAAAUGGAAUUUGCACAAGGUUGGGAGAAAUUUGUGCAUCAUCACAGAAUAGAGUUUGGAGAUUUUCUGGUGUUUAAAUAUAUCUACAAGUCAUGUUUCAAAGUGAGGAUUUUUGGGAGGAGUGGGUGUGAGAAAAAGACUACUUUUUUAAAUCCUCAGAACACCUGCCAUCAUUGUGAAUGUCCUACUACUACUAAUGCUAGUUCUGCUGUUGAGAUUUCUGAUCAACCCAUGAACAAUCAGAUGUCGAUUGUUAUGGUUUCUGACAAAGAAAGGAAUAAUCGAGCACAAGCAAUCUCUGAAAUGGAAGGGAAAAAACGUCGAGGCCGUCCUCCCAAGAGACAGCAGAUAUUGACUGAGAAAAGAAAUUAUCGAAAACCUUGUUAUAUUUCUUGCAGGCGUCCUGUUACUGAAGCAGAAAGGAAGCAGGUCCUUGAAGCUGCCGUUUCUUUCACAUCAAUAAGACCCUUUUAUUUAGUAAUUAUGACGCAGUCUUAUGUCUACAGCGGAUUUUGGCUUAGAGUUUCAAAAUCAUGUGCUGAUAGUCUACAAUUACCACAAGAGAGAACCCAACUGACUCUUGUGGAUCCUAACAGUAAGGAAUGGCAUGUGCAAUACCUGGGACAUCUGGAGAGAGCUGCCCUGAGUGGGGGUUGGGGACAUUUUUCACGUGGGAAUAAUCUGGAGGAAGGAGAUGCCUGCAUCUUUGAGCGGAUAGACAAUAACAAAAAGAAAGUUAAGCUCAAAGUCCAUAUUUUUAGGGUUGUCAAAGAGUGUACUCCUUACAAGAGAGUGAAUGGAAGACAACUGAAUGAUAAGCUUGGCUCUUAUAAGAAUAUGGAAGUCUCAAGGGAAGAUCUUGCCAGCAAUUUUUCAGUAGAAAACUUGGGGCAUGAACAAGAAGAUCUUGGACAACAAAGAAUAAAACAAAUGCAAUUGAAGAAAGACAGGGCUGCUACUAAAAGCAACAAGCAUAAACUGACUAAAUCAAAUUGGACACCUUCCACUUCAGAUGGGGAAAUAGUUUGCAGGCGUAGCAGAAGAUUUGCAGAAACAUGUAAUUUAGUUCAGCGUCCAAAGAAAGACCUGCUAUGCUUAGUAUCCUCCAUAGAUGGGCAACAAUCAAUUCUCAGGGAUGCGAUGAUGCUAUCGAAAAAGACUAUUUCUCUAGAUGAUGUCAAUGACAGUUGCAACGAAGAAGACUUGAUGAUUAUUUGGGACAGUCGUGAUGCAAGUCAUACGAUACCUUCCAGCAGUGAAGCUUUAAUUCCAUGUGGAGAGUCCAGUCAUAAAGGAGUUUUGAUGACAAAGUCCAUACUUCCAAUUUUGGAUACCAAAUCUGAGGCGUUAGAUUUGGUGGUGGCAUUGUCACCAGGGGAAGCUGGUUCACCAGUUGAUAAGAAGGGUGAAGCAAAUUGGUUAACUGGUUCAGGAAUGAGUGAUAAGACUGGGCCCUUAUUUAAAGACUGCAGGAACAUGAACAAAAUUGAUAGGAUUAGAAACAACAGGGUGGAGUGGUGCACAGGGGAAGACGAAAUUGGAGCAGAGGCGGUCAGGUUCUUUGAAUCGGUCUUGUGCAAUGCUAUUUCAAAGGAUAAUCUGGAGCAAAGCAGAGUGCUUGAAGAAAUCCCAGAGUUAGUCUCGAAUUUGGACAAUGAGAUGUUGAAUGCAAAGUUCUCUCAGGAAGAGAUUAAGGAGGCAGUUUUCCAGCUUCAUCCUAAUAAAGCUUCGGGUCCUAAUGGAUUCUUGGCUGGCUUUUAUCAAAGAUGUUGGGAUUUCAUGGGAGAAGAUAUUUUUAAAUUGGUGGAAGACAUUCGGUCUCACAAAAAAUGUGUUAGGAACAUGAAUAAUAUAGUUGUUGUGUUGAUCCCCAAGAAGGGUGAUUGUGAAUUUAUGUCUGAUUAUCGACCUAUUGCCUUAUGUAACACUAUAUAUAAGGUUUUGUCAAAAGCAUUGGCCAAUAGGCUUAAGAACAUUCUUCCAUCUAUUGUGCUUGAAGAACAAAAUGGUUUUACUCUAGGAAGAGACAUUGUCGAUAGCAUUAUAUUGGCAUCGGAGGAUUCCAGGGAGGUGUGCAUCCAGAGGAUAGAUGGGUCCAUUCAGGCAGUCGAUGGGCAGGUAGUAGCCAAUGCCAUAUUGGAGCAGGAGGUAGAUAUGGGGGCUAGCAUUUUUUGUACUUAUUUCAAUCCCAACAACUAUGUAUCGUCGGACUCAAAGGAUGAAUUAAAUGAUGGUGGAUAUUUUGGGUCUGAGGAGGAGGACAAAGAGGUAGAUAAGAGCAAGUCAGAGAAGCAAAGGAAAAGAUCAUUCAUUGAGGAGGACUGGAAGAUGCGUUUUACAGUAUACAAGACUGUUGUUGAAUUGACCAUGACAAAAGUAAAUCAAGACUGCAAGGAAUGUUUCACAGCCGGUACAAAUAAUGCCAAGCACAAAUUCAUUGAGGAAAAAAACUCUAAUGGGUGUUCAUAUUUCUUCAAAGUUUUGCUGGGAGAUUUUUCUCAAAGACUGCGUAUUCCUCCUGCAUUUGUUCCAAAUAUCAUACAUGAGGCUGAUGCCAAUACGGUUUUGCAUGAUCCGAGUGGACAUCAGUGGAUUGUAAAACUAUGUGGGACAAGUACAGGAAUGGAAUUUGGACAGGGCUGGGGGAAUUUUGUGCAUAAUCAGAGACUAGAGACGGGAGAUUUUUUGGUGUUUAAGUAUGUCUGUAGGUCCAAUUUUAAGGUCUGGAUAUUUGGAAGAAGUGGGUGUGAGAAAAACAUUAUUUCUUGUGAAUCUGCGGAGACCCAUUACAAUUUGCAGAAGAGACGCCCUGUUAAUCCUGCGAUGGGAAGUUUCCAUCAACUAAUGAACAGCCAUUUGCAGAUUGGUUUGGUUUCUGAUAAGGAAGAACAAAAUAGAAUGGUUGGAAAUCAAGGGAAAAGACCCAAAUCCUCUUCUUCGUCUCAUGGUCGCUCUUCUGGGCAUUGCCAGCAAUCCCUUACUGGAAAGAAGCGCAAGUUAGAGGAAUCUUCUGCAGAGAGAGGUUAUAAAAAAAAUUAUUAUAUUUCUUCCAGACGUCCUGUUACUGAAACAGAGAGGAAUAAGGCCCUCAAGGCUGCUAAUUCUUUCACAUCGGAUAAACCCUUUUGUUUAAUACUUUUAAAGCCAUCUCAUGUAUACCGAGAUUACUGGCUGGGUAUGCCCAAAACAUGUAUUGAUCAUCUCCAAUUACCGAAAGAGAAAACAGAGGUGACUCUUGUGGAUGAUAAGAAUAAGGAAUGGCCUGUGCGGUUCAUAUGGAAUGAUUAUAAGAAUGGCCUGAGUAAAGGGUGGAGACAUUUUUCACUAGCUAAUAAUCUGGAGGAAGGAGAUGUUUGCAUCUUUGAAUGUGUAGACAAUAUUAUGGAGAAAAUUAAGCUUAAAGUGCAUAUUUUUAGGGUUAUCAAGAAGAGAACUCCUUACAAGAGGAUGGAAGGUAAAAAAUUGAGUGAUAGCAUUGCAUUGCCUACAAAUCAAUCUAAGAAAAUGAGAGUAUCUAGGGACUGUCUUCUUGUCAAUUUGCCAGCAAAAGCAUUGACACUCAAUGGAAAAGAUGCAAAACGGGAAAUCAAGCAAGUGAAGAAAAUGAAUAAUAGCAUUUCAUUUCCUAGAAAUCACUCUAAGAAAAGGAAAUUAUCAGAAGAAGAUCUUGUGACCAAUUUGUCAGCAAAAGCAUCUGGACCUGAACAGGGGAAAAAUUCAAAUCAAGGAAUUAAAGAAGUGAAGGAGGAGGAGGAGGAGGAGAAUACUAGCAAUUUAGACUAUUGUUCUAAACUAGCCAAUUCAAAAUGUACACAAGCCAUUUCAGAGAGGAAAAUGGGCUAUAGGCGUAGCCCAAGAUUUGCCCAAACAAGUGAUAUCGUAAUGAAAACCUGUUAAUGUAUAAUAUAUCUCCUCAUGAGUUGAGAUUCUCUUACGAUCUGGGUUAUAAGAUCAGGGCAUUUGACGAUGUAUCUAUUCAAAUGAAAAGAUAGUCUUUAUC